GUUUCAGAAUGUCAGCCGACUCUCAAGAAGUAGGCAUGAGAGUAUCGAAGGGAAGGCCGAAAUCCUCCACCCGCUCCUCGCAGCAAACAUCCACCGAAUAAGUCAUACCGGCCAUGCUAGGACGCGUCUAAUGAUCCGACCGCUGUGCUAGUAGUACCCGAACGUUAUCUAAAGUAAGUGUUAUCAAAAUGUUAAUUCGAAAAUAUAGAUAAGAGUCGCGAACAUACUCCGUACGACUGGUGCCGCGCAUACGUGUCAGUUCGCGUAGUGGUCUUGGAUCUCCCGGGCGUAGUGCGGUUAAGAUGGGUCUGCUUUGGCGCAAACGGUCGCUGCUGCUGAAACUGGUGGUCAUCGUGGGCACCGCGUGGUUCACAAUCGCCUUCCUGUUGUACACGGACGAGAGCAGCUCGCCGAAUAGGUUGGCGGUGCCGGUGGACGGUGGCGGCGUCAAGGAGCAGGCUGGCAACGAGCUGGGCGUAGGGAACGCGCCCCCCAGGGUGCUGCCGUUCAGGCAGGAGUCGCCUCCGCCGCCGCCGUUCCAGAAGAAGGAGGAGUUCGGGGGGGUGCUGGUACCUCCGCAGGAUAUGGCGGGGGAGAUGGGCAAGCCAGUGGUGCUACCGGCAAAUAUGUCAGGGGACGUCAAGAAGAUGGUGGACGAGGGGUGGUUGCACAAUGCCUUCAAUCAAUACGCUAGUGAUAUGAUAAGUGUUCAUCGGAGCCUGCCCGACCCCAGGGAUGAAUGGUGGUGGAGCAGCAGGAAUGAUGCCAAAGAUGCAAAGCAAAAGCUUGAAGAAAGUAAACGACAUAAUGUUGCAAUGGAAGAAAUAGCUAUAGGUAAAGGAUUGUACAUGAGACCUUACAAGCAAGGACUUGGUCUUUUUUUAGGACACAACCAACUUCCAAACGUUACCGAUAAAAUUACCGAAAUGAGCUCUUACUAA